AUGACGAAUAUUGUUAUUACUACUACGUUACAAUCGGCGCCAGGAAGUUCAGGGUAUUUGGAUUUGUACCCUGAACGCAAAAUGUCAUUUUUUAAGAAUCCUUAUGUUCUAGGUCUCGCUGCAGUCGCUGGCAUUGGUGGUUUGCUUUUUGGCUACGACACAGGUGUGAUAUCAGGAGCACUUCUAUACAUAAAAGAUGAUUUUGAAUCUGUUAGAGAAAGUAAAAUUCUGCAGGAAACAAUAGUAAGCAUGGCAAUAGCUGGUGCAAUAUUUGGAGCAGCAACAGGUGGUUUGUUUAACGAUGCUUACGGAAGAAAAAUGUCAACACUCUUUGCUGAUGUUAUAUUUAUUUUUGGAUCAAUCACUAUGGCUGCUGCACCUGAUCCUUACAUUCUCAUAAUGGGACGCCUUCUUAUUGGUUACGCCGUAGGAAUUGCGUCUGUCACCGCUCCCGUCUACAUUGCUGAAGCAUCGCCUUCCGAAAUCAGAGGUUCUUUAGUCAGUACUAAUGCUCUCAUGAUUACUGGUGGACAAUUCAUUUCGUACAUAGUUAACCUCGCCUUUAUGCGUGUUCCCGGUACUUGGCGAUGGAUGUUGGGAGUUUCGGCUGUCCCUGCACUUGUUCAAUUCAUUCUCAUGCUCUUCCUCCCUGAAUCUCCUAGAUGGCUUUUUAUGAAGAAUAGAAAAAAUGAAGCUGUAGAUGUUCUUUCCAACAUCUAUGUCUUGGCUCGUCUUGAAGAUGAAGUCGAAUUUCUAACAGCUGAGGCGAAACAAGACAUACAGAAAAAUAAGAAAGUAAGAUUUGGGGAUGUUUAUAAAUCUAAAGAAAUCAGAUUAGCAUUCAUGGUUGGAGCAGGACUUAUGGUGUUCCAACAGUUUACAGGAAUUAACACUGUGAUGUACUACGGUCCCACGAUAAUUCAAAUGGCGGGUUUUAAAUCUAAUGAAAUGGCUCUUCAAAUCUCAAUCUUUGUUGCUGCAAUGAAUGCUGUUGGAACAGUUCUUGGUAUUUACCUCAUUGAUCAUGCAGGGAGGAGGAUCUUAGCUCUAUGUAGCUUAGGUGGCGUGUUCGCGUCUUUGGUUCUCUUGUUUGUGUCAUUCUCAAACCAAUCAUCAUCAGCAGCAAGUAGUACUGGAUGGCUAGCAGUUUUGGGUUUGAUACUGUAUAUUGCGUUUUUCUCGCCGGGGAUGGGGCCAGUGCCGUGGACGAUGAACUCGGAGAUAUAUCCUAAGGAAUAUAGAGGAGUUUGUGGGGGUAUGGCUGCUACUGUGUGUUGGGUUUCCAAUCUCAUUGUUUCUCAGACAUUUCUUUCUGUCGCUGAAGCUAUAGGAACUGCUCUCACUUUCUUGAUUCUUGCUAUCAUUACAGUGUUUGCCUUUGUGUUUGUGUUUCUAUAUAUUCCUGAGACUAAAGGAUUGACCUUUGAUGAGGUUGAGCUAAUAUGGAAAGAGAGAGCUUGGGGCAGCAGUGACAUUAACAAAAACAACAACAAUAACUCUGACUCACAAAAUCUUCUAGGGAGGGACAAUGAUCAAUAA